AUGAGUUCUGAAUCUGAUAAUCAUCAAGCAGCAACUCCAACAGCUCCAGCGGCUCCAACAGCCCCAGCAGCUCCGGCAGCUCAACCGUCUAGAAAAGAGUACAAUACAAGGUUACUUUGGCCCGAUAUGAUAAAGACGCCAAAUAAUACGUGGACUUUUAGCUGUAAGGAAAUUGUUGAAAAACUGGGCACAAACCCCCAGGCUACAGCUGAAUUGAAGCGCAAUAUGGAAAAAUGUCUAAUAUAUUUUUACACCGUCAAGAAAGUUCUCAACCUUUUUGAUCAUACCUAUACGGCCUCAUGCAUGCUGUUCUUUAGAUACUGGUACGUUUAUGGACUACCACCAUACCUGCCAGAUUGUAUUCACAUUGCACAAGCCAUUUUAGUGACAGCUUGCAAGACUAUGGAAAAUAAUAGACCCAUCGAUGCAUAUAUUAAGGCUACUUGUGACUAUUUCAUCAAAGAAACUACUGGAUUGAGAGUUAGGCAAAACUUGGAUAAAUUAAAGUGGGACGUUAGGGAUAGGCUAGUAAGCAAUGAGAAAAAAAUAUUGUGUUGUUUUGGGUUUGAUUUAAACUUAGAGAACCCAAAGGAAUUAAUCGAAGAUAUGUUUAGUGGAUUUUACCGUUUCAACAGAGAUUACAAUUUGCCUGAUGACUUUACACAAAUCUUCCCCAAAAUUUUACAAGAGGCACGUAAUUUUAUCGUUCAAGCUGUAACACAACCGGUAUCGUUACUAUGCGAUGGUUAUACUUUUGUCGCUCUGGCACUAAUAUACUGUGGUUUACAAUACAAGAAAAACGUAGAUGAGUCGUUCCAAUUCCCAUCAAAUUUCUUCAGAGAUAAAUUUCCGGUCUUGGUAACUGCACAGCGGUUUGGACAGUUCUUUAACGAUUAUAGAGUUUUGGAAGAGAACUUUUUUGAUUUAAAGAGUAAUAAGAGAGAAAAAUUACAAAUUAGCGUUCAAGAGAUUGAUGAGUUGAUAAAUGAAGAUCCAUUACCGGAUGGUGAAGUAAGUGAUCCUUACGACUACAAUUUAAUUAAAUCUGGUGAAGUGAGACAAGAAUUAAAGGAUCACAUUCAUAAGAGAAUCAGAGACAUUUAUGAAAGAACAGUGGCGGAGACGAAAAAAAGGAUGUCACCGGAAAAUGUAGCUGAUUUAGAACAAAGUAAGAAAAAGUUGAAGACCUAA